AGGUAUUUGUACAACCACUGUCCGGGCCCAGAGUGGAACGUCAUGUGCAGGGGUUGUUGCGAGUAUGAUGUGAUCCGCUGCAAAUGCCCCCUGCAGGGGACGUCAGUUGGCUACGCUGUGCCUUGCUGUCGCAACGCCAUCAAUGAGUGCGAUCCCUGUAUCAUCCAUCCAGGUUGUAGUAUUUUUGAAAACUGCAAGCGGUGCAACAAUGGGACAUGGGCUCCUAAAGAUGACUUUUUCAUCCAUGGCCAAUACUGUGCUGAGUGCCGUCCUGGAUGGUCUGGCGGAGAUUGCAUGAAGUGUGGCGAAGUGAUCCAUAAACGUCAAGGCCACUUAAUUCUGGAGAGCUACCCCAACAACGCUAGAUGUGACUGGACCAUACAAGUGGACAAUCCAUUUACAAUAGAACUCAGGUUUAUGAUGCUGAGUUUGGAGGUACAUCAUUCGUGUCGCUAUGACUUCGUGGAGGUCAGAGAUGGUGACAGCAUCAACUCUCGUGUUAUAGGUCGGUUCUGUGGAAACAACAGACCUGCUCCCAUUAAGAGCUCUGGAAACAGUCUCCACAUUCAUUUUGAGUCUGAUGGUUACAAGAAUUUUGAUGGCUUCUUUGCUACAUUCCAGGAGAUUUCAGCUUGCAGCUCUUCUCCAUGCCUACAUGAUGGGACUUGUAUCCUCGACAGCUCAUACUCAUAUCACUGUGCCUGCCUGGCUGGCUAUACAGGAAAAAGGUGUGAAAAUGUGGUGGGUUGCCGUGGGCCACCUGUGCCCACCCAUGGAUCCACACAGGGAGUGUUUCAUCACACAGGGGCAAGAAUUGCUUUCUACUGUGAUGCGGGGUUUCAGUUGCAGGGAUUACAGACUGCCAUAUGCCUGAGUGAUGGCACCUGGAGUGCCCCAGCCCCCCACUGUGUUCCAGAAAGAGAAUGUACUCUACCUCCAAAGCCAACACACGGGGACCACUUCUUGGUUUAUGGUCCCAAUGAUGUUUUAAUCGCUCUUCAGUACCUUUGCCAUCAGCCCUAUGAACUCAUUGGAGUCUCUCAAAGAACCUGCCUUCCGAAUAACACUUGGAGUGGGAGUCAUCCAGUAUGUACCAAAGAGAGGAGCUGCCCGCCUCCCCCACGCCUCUAUCACGGUUAUCAUGUGAUGAUGCCGGGUGGCAAGCCUAAGACAGUGGAGUUCUUCUGUAACCACUCCUAUGCUCUAAGUGGAGAUGCCUUGCGAAGUUGUCAACCAGAUGGUACCUGGAGUGGCAAACAGCCCCUCUGUGUUAGAGCAUGUCGAGAGCCUAAAGUUUCAGAGUUGGUCAGGCAGCGAAUUCUUCCUCCACAAACACCAUUCAGAAAGACACCAGUACAUAAAUUGUACUCCACUGCAGUGGGCCGACAAUUCCAGUCUGACGGUCCCACCAAAGGGCCACCAGUACCUUUGCAGUUGGCUACGGGUUUCCAUCACCUUUACACGCACAUUGAGUAUGACUGUGUGUCCCCGUUCUACCACCAUAAUGGCAGCCCACGGCGUACUUGCCUAAAAACGGGGAAAUGGAGUGGGCGUCAUGUGUCUUGUUCACCAGUGUGUGGGAAGCAUCCAACCUUUGACCCUGAGAAGCCGGGAGAGGCUCAUUGGCCUUGGCUAGUCGCCAUCUACCGCCGCUCCACCAAUGGUGCAGGCACCAAGGAUGGCAGCACAAGAGUGAGCAACGAUUUGGAGGCUGCUGACUGGCAACUGGUGUGCAGUGGUGCUCUGGUGAACCAAAGGAGCGUCGUGGUUGCAGCCCACUGUGUGACACAAUUGGGCAAGGUAUAUCCUCUGGAUGCAACCAACAUCAAGGUGGUGGUAGGGAAACACUAUCGUGAUGAUCACAGGGAAAAUAAAGGUCUUCAAAACUUGAGGGUGGCCACCACCAUUAUUCACUCAAAUUACGACCCUCAUAUUCUUGACUCGGACAUAGCUGUCAUCAAAUUACUGGACAAAGCAAAGAUUGGAGAGAAAGUUCAACCCCUCUGCCUGUCUGACAUUCAGGAUGAAGUUGAAACCUCUGGACAAGGCCUUGUGACAGGCUGGUCCCCGCUCCCUGACUCAGGCUUGGGGGCUGAAGAAAAAGUGAGAGUUGGCCUUGUUCAGCUCGCUGACAUUGUCCCGUGUGAGCGGCAAUACGCACGUAAUGGGGUACCAGUCAGUGUUACGGACAACAUGCUGUGUGCAAGCCAGAAACCGAACUAUGGACCGUCUAAUAUAUGUCCCUCUGACACUGGGGGAAUCCUCAUCCUCCCUGCACUCACUGACAACAAGGACAAUCCCUCUGUUGGCUUCUCUCAAAGAGGAAACAAAAGAUUUUGGAGGCUUCUAGGACUAGUAAGCUUUGGCUAUGACCAGGGGGAGUGUGAUCCUGAACUCUAUACAGUUUACACACAUGUAGCAAACUUUAAACUCUGGAUAGAGAAUAGCAUGAAAUAA